AUUCUGUACAGAAGCUGCCCAUUCUGUAAAAAGAGAGGACCGCGGGAUGAAGAUGACAUCAGCUCUGCACAGACUCACCAGAGCUCUGCUGCUGCUGUGCUGCAUUCAAGCCUCCAGGGGGCAGCAGGCAUUCCGGAUGCAGCCUGACAACGUGACUGUCGUGGAAGGGGGGACGGGGGUGCUGCAGUGCCAGGUGGAGGGGGUCACGGGGGUGGUCCAGUGGGUUAAAGAUGGACUUCUUCUAGGUCCCAAUCGAAGCAUGCCAGGGUUCCCUCGCUACAGCAUGGCUGGAGACGAGGAUAAAGGGGAAUUCAACCUGCAAAUAGAGCGGGUGACCCUGGAGGAUGACUCUCCCUACGAAUGCCAAGUGGGACAGUCCGAGAGCAGCAUUGGAAUCAUCUCCCAUACUGUGUGGGUCAAUGUGCUGAUCCCUCCAGGGAAGCCUGUGAUUGAGGAGCACCGCGGGGGUUCUGAAGUGGAGUGGGUGGCAGGGGUGGAGUACACUGUCUCCUGCAGUGUGACCGACACCAAGCCAGCCUCUGAGGUCAGAUUCACCAAGAGUUCAAAUGAGGUGUCUGGAGUCGAGGUAAAUGUUCUCCCGGGGUCACAGGAGAAACUUCAGAGCACACGAGCUGUUGUGAGGGUGACCCCUCAGAGUCAGGACAAUGGGAAUCAGAUGGUGUGCCUGGCUAUGAAUGAGGCCGUGUCUCAGCCUGUGGAGACUGGCUUUACAAUGAGAGUGUUGUUCCCCCCCCAGCCCCCCCGGAUUGAGGGGUACGAUCACACCGAGGUGAAGGCAGGGGAGACCCUAAGUCUAGAGUGCAAGUCCAUCGGGGGCAAUCCACUCGCCACACUACAGUGGUCAAAGAAUGACGAGGUCAUCUCCACUAGCUGGGACACCGUCUCCUUGACCAACACCGCCCGCAGUCCACUGUCUCUGCACAUCCAACCUGAAGACAACAUGGCCAGACUGACCUGCGAGGCAGUCAACCAAGUCACUCCUGUCCCCCUCCAUCACACCAUCACUCUACGAGUCGUCUUCCUGCCCUCGGAGGUGAAGAUCCUGGGCUCCUCCAGCAUUGCUGAGAAGAAGCAGCUCUCCCUCUCCUGCUUCACGGCUGCCAGUAACCCCCCGGUGCAGAUCCGCUGGUGGCUGGGCUUCAGAGAACUCACCACCACUGAGGUGACCAUCACUGAGGCAUCCAAUGGUGGGAGAGUGACCAUGUCUAACCUGACCCACACAGUGUCCCGAGAGGAGAACGGGCUGCAGCUGACGUGCGAGGCGUUCAAUGAGGCCAUCCGCUUCACCAAGAGUGAGAGCGUCCAGCUCCGCGUGCUCUACCCCCCUCAGAAGGUUUGGAUUGAAAGCCCCCCGGAGGGGAAGCAGUUCAAAGCAGGGACCGAGGUCAAACUCACCUGCUUCUCCAGUGGAGGGAACCCAGUGGGCAGCAUCACCUGGUUCAAGGAUAACAAGCCCGUCCGGUACGUCCCGUCUGCGAUCGUUUCAGGGAUGAUGGCAUCCCGACAGCUGAUUGUCACGACACAGCCCGACGAUAACCUGGCGACCUACAGAUGCAACGCAUCCAAUGAGGCGAAAGCUCCGCCCCUCACCGCCACCACAAAACUCCACGUGCAGUUCCCACCGAUGAACGUGAAGAUCUCUUCUUCAGCAAAGCAAGUCAAGAGAGGCCAGUCUCUCACACUGACCUGCACUACAGGGAGCAGCAACCCAGUGGCCAAUAUCUCCUGGUUCAAGAAUGGGGAAAGGUUGCGUGGUUUUGAUCUGGGGAAGAAGAAAGCGGAACAUGGAGGCGAGUCGACGAUGGGUCGGGUCUAUAUCAAAGCCGUCUCCUCUGAUAACGGGAAGCGGGUGACAUGCCAGGCGUACAGCGCUGUGCUGACACAGGGGGUGAACACCUUCCACAGGCUCGAUGUGCUCUACCCCCCUGAGUUCUCCCCGGACCAGCAGCAGGUGGUCCAAGCUGUGGAGCACGAUGCAGCCCGUCUGCCUCUGAGGGUGUCGGCCAAUCCAGACAACAUCAGCUACACCUGGACCUAUCACGGGGAGACGCUGAUAAAAGAGGGUGCGCUGCGCCACCACCUCAAGGACGGAGGGGAGCUGGAGAUUUGGAACCUGACCCGCACAGAUGCCGGGGAUUACAAGAUCCGCUGCAAAAACACGGAGGGUGAGAACGAGACCGUCAUCAAACUGGACGUGCAGUACUCUCCCUCAAUAAAGAGCCUGGAAGAUCCCACUGAGGUGGAUCUCGGGGACACUGCGGAGAUCGUCUGCACCGCUGACGCCAAUCCUGUCACCCCGGGCAUGUUCCAGUGGGGCUGGCUGGGCGAGGAGGAGAGGGAGCUGACAGCUGAUCAGCAAGUCAUGGAGGAGGCGACAGGGAAGCUGAUCAUCACAGAGGCCAAGCGCUCAGACGCUGGACUCUACGAGUGCACAGUGGACAACGGCAUUGCGCCCCCGGCCAAACAGGCAGUGCGGCUCAUUGUGCGCUUUAAACCAGAACUGCAGAAAGGCGUGCAUCUGAGUAAAGUGGCCACCUCUGGAGAUGGGAGCAGAACUGCCACCUUGAGCUGCAAAGCAGAAGGCAUCCCCAAAGUGGACUAUAGCUGGGCCAAGAAUGGGGUGGGUCUGGACCUCAAUCACCCAAGGUACUCGGAGAAUACUGUGCACGAGGGUGCUUUCCACACCAGCACUCUGACCAUCAUCAAUGCAAGUGCUGCCCUGGACUAUGCCAUCUUCACCUGCACCGCCCGCAACAAGUUGGGACUGGACGUCUUCCACAUCCAGCUCGUCAGCACCAGUCGGCCGGACCCACCCACGGGGUUACAGGUUGCCAGCGUGACCCACAACUCCGUCACCUUGCAGUGGACCGCAGGCUUCGACGGGGGUCUGGAGCAAAAAUUCAGGGUCAGGUAUCACUGGGAAGAAGCAGCCAGCUUCAUGUAUGUGGACGUGUUCCCCCCCCAAGCCACCACAUUCACCAUCACCGGCCUCAACGCAGAGACUCCCUACAACUUCUCCGUCAACGCACUCAACCUGCUCGGGGAGAGCGACUAUGCCGACAGCAAUGCAGUGCUGACAGUCACCACUAGAGAGAAACCAGAAAAGGACGACAAGAUCCCAAGCCCACCUGAAACAGAGGAGACUCCCCCUACAGAGGGCCCUGUGUUGCCGCUCUAUCUCAUUGUGGUGUUGGCGGUGGUGGGUGGAGUCCUGCUGAUUCUUAACUCCGCCCUCGUGGCCUGCCUGGUCAAGAAGUGGAGGACUCACCACAGUGACGCAGCAGGUUCAGAAGGGAAGAAAGGAAAAGGAGAAGGAGAAGGGUCCAGUUUGACGAAGCCCAAUGAGUACGGAGGAGGGGAACUCCUCAACAAGACAGCCAGGCAGACCCUGCUCAUCGACAGCUGCUCUGAGCUCAGCUCCAGUGUGUACGAGAGCUAUGAAGGGGACAGCGCCUCAGGGCGCAGUCACUAUUAUUACCCCGCGAGCGACUUCCGCCCUUCCCUCUACCCCCACCAGGAGGCGCCAGAGUGUCUGAGCGAGGGGACGAGCAGCUUUGCAGGACAUUGGGAUCAGAGGCGGGAUGCUCAUGACUAUGAGCAGGUAAGAGAUGCCAGUCUGUAUGAGGAGGCGGGGAGACCGUACCCCCCUCCCCCUUCCUCGGGGCACUACCACAGCGUGCUGGACAGGCAAGGACAAGCGCUGCUGGACCCACGGCAAGGGCCAGACCCCACUGGAGCCUAUCAGAGAAGAGGGCGGGGCCAAUCGGAAUACGAGGAUCCAAUGAGAGUCUACGACAGCGUGGCUGAGUACACGCCCUCCUGGAGAGACUAUGAGACGCCCUUUGAGAUGAGAGGAGAGCUGGUGUGAGGGCCUUUGAAUAGGAGGGCAGGGGCUGGCUAGCCUGUGGACAUGUUGCAAGAGUAACAGCUAGCCAGCAGCUUCCCUCCACCGGCUUGAGAACAUGUGGAUAGAAAUGGAAAGUCUGUUUUUAUGUGUUUUUUUUUUUAUUUUGUGAAAAGGAGUCAGUGUUUCAGCAUGCUUAAAACAUUAGCUAUUAGUGGGGAAUAGAAAAUGAUUGAUCAUUCCUGUAAUAACAAGGUGUGCUUAGUUAAAAAUGCCAAUCAAAGACCACGUACCAUGCAUUAUUUGUUUUCUGUGUAUUUAUUUUCGACAAAUCCAAAAAAAAGCAAAAUUUAUUUGGAAUAAUGCCAUGUAUACUUGUACAUUCUGAUCUUAACAGGGUACAUUUCCAAAUCUAAAAAUAAAAGUUUAAAAAAAAAACAAACAAAUGACUGGUAUUUUAUAGAAGAACCCUGCAGCACUGCUAUUGAGGAUCUCUGGGCAGGACAGCCACACACGCAUGCUCACAGUCAGCUGUUCUCUCGGUUUUGGUUGUUGAAUUCGCGAUUUCCGUAGUAGCUUGCAUGCGGUUAACCCAGUUUUAUCUUUCCGGUUGUUUUUUUGUUAACUGUGUUUUCAAAUGCAUCUGUCAGUUUGAAUCACAUAGAGGUGUGCAGCAGACUCAAGGGGGUUGUUCUUAGAGAUAAGCUGUCUGGCACAAUUGUAAGAACACCAUGUUUCACCCAAGCCUUUAUCUAAAUCAAGCACACUGACUCACAGUCACAUGUAUAGCCCUCUAUCUAAUGUAUACGUGACAUCACAGACACACACAAUCAUCUUACAGAAAACCCCACUGGCUAUGUGAUAAUCCCAGCCGGUUACUGGGGGUGCAACAUAUGCCUUGCAUUCUGGCUAUCUCGUUUGGAGAUGUACAGUAUGUACUAUUACAUUCUUCUACUAAAAGCUAUUGCACAAAACAAUUCUGAAGUAGGCUGUUUGAUGUCUUCACUCCCAAAAUAAAGAUUGGAAACCUUGUCUGUCUGGGUGCCAAGAAAGUAAAUAGCUGUUCCAGUAACUUCCUCCACCUAGCAGUCAGAGAGAGAGAUAGAGAGAGAGGGGAGGGGGAGGAGGGGAGGGUGGGUAUAGGAUGAGUAACUAAGCCCAGUCAGGAAGUUACUCACAAGCUGGCUGAUUGUUAGUUCACAGCACUGCAGAUUGGAGACAGAGCUACGCAGAGUCAAGGCAGAUGCACUAAUGGCUUUCUUAAGGAUGCACAGGUUGCAUGUGGUUCUGUUCCUGAUCCCAGUUGUGCUGCUGCUCUCAUUUGGUGGCUGCACCAGUGAGCACUCCACUUUGCUACCGACGCAGCUU